GGAAUGUUUCAUCAAAUACUUCCUCUUUACAUCGACAGGCCAAAAGAAAUUCCGUCAAGAACAACAAGCAGGCCAGAAAGCAAUAAGCUCCAGAGACGGAAGAGAACACUGUGUACAAGAAGGCACUCCAUCAAGUCCGAUUUUAAGCACAACUUCGACGCGAAGAGCAGAAAACAACAAUGCCUCCCAAAUCCAUCACAACCCUCAGCAUACUCCCACUCGCCAUGUCCCAAACAACCACUCUCCAAGUUCCCUUCUACGGCUACGACACCUUCUCCAUCGACGCCUCCGUCCUCGGCGUCCAAGACUCCCUCACAACAAUGACCCUCGCCUGCCCCAGCUCCGCCGAAGAAUGCGGUCUCUUCCCAACCCAAAUCUUGACCUACGGCCCCUCAAGCUACCGCAUGACAAUGGGCGCAGAUGCAGAUUUCACUGGGUAUCAAGACUGCAACGUCGCGCAAUCAGUUUGUACGGAAAGUGCUGGGGGACCAGGAGCGAAUUUCCCGGGAAUGAGCACGACGACUUAUGAUGAUGCGGAGACUUUUGCUGUUACUGUUACGUGGGGUGUGGAGAAGUUGAGUGGAGGUGGAGGGGCGGCGGAGACGGGGGCGGGGACGAUGAGUGCUUCGGCGGGAGCGAGUGAGACGACGACGGCGAGUGUGACGCUUAUCACGGGGACUUCGGGGGCAAGUGGGAUGGGAACUGCGAGUAGGACGCAGAGUGCGGCAGCCGAGACGUCGAGUGGAACUGCUUCAGGUAUGGUGGUUGCGCAAGGUGGUGUUGUGGGGUCGGUUUUUGCGAUGAUUGCCUUACUACUGUGAGGUCGCCGUUCUUCACUGUAGUCGCUCUGAUGACCACUCGUAACCUCUUCCCUCGACUUCUGGUCGCUUGUGCGCUUGGUGUACCUUGUAUGCCAUGAGGAAUCGCUGCCAAUGCCAAUGCCCUUACCACUGCCGCCACUCUCGCCGCUUUUCGCUUUCGCACCAGUAAAAACUUGACAACUUACCUGGUGUUGGACUCACGUCCGAAAUACUUCUCCUCUGCGCUUGUGUCGAUGCAGCGGACCACGAUCGACCUCAGAGCCUCCAGAGCUUUCGGCAUCGGGGUACAGAUGAUGCGAGGAC